UCUCACUUGUUGUGUGCUAGUUGUGCAGUGACAACCGUUUGAUGAACUACGUUUUGCGCUACAUGCACAGUUGGAAGCAUUAAUUCCAAUGCUGAAUAAAUAUUACAAUUAAAUAUCAGAAAGUUAUAUAACAAUUCUUUUCUUAUAUCGUCUAAAGUGAAGAUAAUUUAACGACGGCCAUAGCAAAAACUAAAAAAAACCAAAUUAAAUUGAAUGUUCUUUUUACGUGUCCAGUGUGAGCUCAAAAAAACAAUUCAGUGAACAUUUAUCGUGAACAUACACUGUUGUUGUUUGUACUGAUUAGAUUUGAAAAAAAAAAAUAAUUUGAAGCAGCAAAGAGAAACAAAUAUGAGUCCUCCAGCAAUUGUCAGCAAAGAUAUUCCAGAUAUUGAGAAUCUACUUUCACUGAAUCCGCGUGUUCAAACCAAAGGAUCGCUUGUUCCAAGUGCCGUUACGAAAAAAGAGAAAAAACUUUGGAAACGUAAUUCUGAUCGUGGAUGUGGAUCAUGCUCGAGUCUGCAGAAUGAUUUUUCGGACAUCAAACAUACAACAUUAUCGGAGCGUGCUGCUUUGAAAGAAGCGGCUCGAUGUUUGAAAUGUGCUGAUGCUCCGUGUCAAAAAUCAUGUCCAACACAAUUGGAUGUAAAGAAUUUCAUUACCAGCAUUUCGGGUAAAAACUACUAUGGCGCUGCAAAGGCCAUUUUCUCCGAUAAUCCCCUUGGUUUGACAUGUGGUAUGGUUUGUCCCACGUCUGAUCUAUGUGUUGGUGGUUGUAAUUUGGCCGCAACGGAAGAGGGUGGCAUCAACAUUGGUGGAUUACAGCAAUUUGCCACCGAUUGCUUUAAACAAAUGGGUAUCCAUCAAACUGUUUCGCCCGACCAACCGCCGCUAAAGAAUGAUCAAAAGAAAAUUGUGCUACUUGGCGCCGGUCCGGCAUCUCUUUCGUGCGCCACAUUUUUGGGUCGUUUGGGUUACAAAAAUAUCAUCGUUUAUGAGAAAAGAGAGGCUUUGGGCGGUUUGAGUUCCUAUGAAAUUCCACAAUAUCGUUUGCCCAUGGACGUCGUCGACUUUGAAAUCAAUUUGGUUAAGGACCUUGGUGUUGAAUUUGAGACCGGACGCUCAUUGUCCACUUCGGACAUCACAUUGAAUGGUUUAAUUGAAAAUGGUACCGACGCUGUAUUUUUGGGCAUCGGACUACCACAACCGAUGCUCAAUUCCAUUUUCAAUGGACUUACAACCGAACACGGUUUUUACACUUCUAAAAACUUUCUACCAAAAGUUUCGGAAGGCAGCAAACCUGGAUUAUGUGCAUGUAAAACAAAUGAGUUACCACAAUUGCACGGCAAUGUAAUUGUCUUAGGUGCCGGAGAUACGGCAUUUGAUUGUGCAACAUCUGCGUUGCGAUGCGGUGCCCGAAAAGUGUUUGUUGUUUUCCGCCGUGGUACCACCAACAUUAGAGCCGUACCAGAAGAGGUUGAGUUAGCGAGAGAAGAGAAAUGUGAAUUCAUUCCAUUUAUGUCGCCAACCAAAGUUAAUGUUGUUAAUGGUCGAAUUGAAUCAAUUGAAUUUUGCCGCAAUGAACAAAAUGAAAAGGGUGAAUGGAUUGAAGAUUCUGAUCAAAUUACUAAACUCAAAGCAAAUUUCGUUAUUUCUGCAUUUGGCUCGGUUUUAAGUGAAAAAGAUGUUUUGGAUGCUUUGUCACCGAUUCAAUUGAAUGAGUGGAAUUUGCCAAAAGUUGAUUUGAAAACCUAUCAAACAUCGUUGCCGCAAGUAUUUUGUGGUGGUGAUUUGGCUGGAAUUGCAAAUACAACGGUGGAAUCAGUCAAUGAUGGAAAGACUGCCGCUUGGUAUAUGCACUGCUAUCUGCAGAAUUUACCAAUUGACACACCGGCGGAGCUUCCAUUAUUCCACAGUCCAAUCGAUGAUGUUGAUAUUUCGGUUGAAAUAUGCGGUUUGAAAUUUGAAAAUCCUUUCGGGCUUGCCUCAGCACCACCAACAACAGCAUCGGCUAUGAUUCGCCGUGCCUUUGAACAAGGUUGGGGUUUCGCUGUUACUAAAACUUUUGCUCUCGAUAAGGAUAUGGUUACAAACGUAUCACCACGUAUUAUUAGAGGAACUACGUCGGGUCAUGUGUAUGGGCCGCAACAAGGCGCUUUUUUGAAUAUUGAAUUGAUUUCGGAAAAAUGUUGCGAUUACUGGCUCACUAGCAUUUCUGAAUUGCGUCGUGAUUUUCCAACAAAAAUCAUUAUUGCCAGUAUCAUGUGCUCCUAUAACGAGGAUGAUUGGACUGAAUUGGCACAAAAGGCUGAAAAAGCUGGUGCUCAUGCGUUAGAGUUGAAUCUAUCAUGUCCCCAUGGUAUGGGGGAGAGUGGCAUGGGAUUAGCUUGUGGUCAAGAUCCCGAAUUAGUUUACAAUAUUUCACUGUGGGUUCGUGCUGCUGUAAAAAUUCCAUUCUUUGUUAAACUCACCCCAAAUAUCACCGACAUUGUUUCAAUAGCCAAAGCCGCUCAUCGAGGCAAAGCGGAUGGUGUUAGUGCAAUCAACACAGUAUCAGGUUUAAUGUCACUCAAUCCAGACGGCACACCCUGGCCAGGAGUUGGCAGCGAAAAACGUACGACAUACGGAGGUGUGAGUGGAAAUGCUACCAGACCGAUGGCUUUGAGAGCUAUUACCGCCAUUGGCAAUCAAUUGCCUGGUUUUCCAAUACUCGGCAUCGGAGGUAUAGAUUCAGCCGAUGUUGCACUGCAAUUCUUGCAGGCUGGAUCAUCUGUUCUUCAGAUUUGUUCAGCGGUUCAAAAUCAAGAUUUCACCGUCAUUCAAGACUAUAUAACCGGUUUGAAAGCAUUAUUGUAUUUGAAGUCAAAUCCACCGCCAAAUCAACCUCAAUUAUGGAGCGGACAAUCACCGCCGCUCUUCAAACAUCAAAAAGGAAAACCGGUCGUUCCGCUCAAAGGAGAAGAUGGAAAGCCGCUGGUCAAUUUCGGUUUGCAAAAGAAAGAACGCGAGGAGAAAGUCGCACAAAUGAUGAAAGAAAAAGGUGCAAUUUGGAAAUUGAAUGAAAAUGAUGAUGAUCUUCCUGCAAACGGAGUGGAAAGUACAAAUGGCACGAAAAACGGUAAUAACCCAGCACCAACACUGAAAGACAUUAUCGGAGCAUCUCUGAAAUAUGUUGGAGCUUAUAAGCAACUUGACAACAAAAAACAAGUUGUUGCUUUAAUAGAUGAUGAUUUAUGUAUCAAUUGCGGUAAAUGUUAUAUGGCAUGCGCUGAUUCAGGUUAUCAAGCAAUUGAAUUCGAUUCAAAAACCCAUCGCGCACAGGUCAACGAUGAUUGUACUGGUUGCACAUUGUGUUUAUCUGUUUGCCCAAUUAUCGAUUGCAUAAGUAUGGUGCCCAAGAGUAUACCACACGUUAUCAAACGUGGAAAGGUCGAUAAAGUUUUUGUUCAUGCUUUGCAUCCCAGCCAGUAGAAACUAUGUGCUUUCCAGCGGCUGAGAAUUAAAUUCUUUAAAUGUACCUUUUUCAGCAAUGUUUUUUCUAAGAAAUAUAAUAUUUCAAUUUAUUCUGCAUUUGAUUUUUGUAAA